AUGGGCUUGGAGGAUGCGGAUAAAGCUGCAGCAGCAGAGUUGGUUAAACAAGCAGCACAGGCUAUCUUUCUCUUCCCAGAUAAUCUGGAAUCUGGCUCGCCAGAGGAGAACAAUGCUUAUGGCAAGCUCAGUGAUUUCUUCUGGUUCACAAAGUCAGAAUUUUCCGAGAAUGUGCAGCAGCUGCAACAAAAGGUUCUGGCAUCCGCACUCUCACACAUCUUCACCACUAGCCCAAAGGAUGACUAUCAAUGUGAAGCUCAUGACUACGCUGCCCUUUUGCUAUGCUUUCUUCCCCAGCAAGAUGUCAUGGCCAAGGCAGUGCUUGAUGAACAUGUUGGAAAAUAUCUCGUGAUCUUGGGAAAUCUCGCAGGCAAGGUGAAGUCAAUCACCGGCUACAAGAAGUUUGCUUUGUUUCUUCAGGCUGAACUGAGCCGAUCUCAGCAAGAUCAGGCUGCAACACAGCGUGCCAAGACUUUGCAGACUGAUGUGUCUGAAGUCAAUGCAAUCCUGACAGGCCGAACACAGGUGGGGCCGUUCACCUUGAUGCGCUUGGUUGAUAUGGUCAAAACUCUCCAGAAGCUUGUUGAGGGCAUCGCUGCUCUUCCUAUGGGUGAGAGCUCCCAGCGCAAGGAGAUCCGCGAGUUCAUCGUGGACCGCUUCACACAGACAGUGGGCAGUUUCCUGCGCACAUGGGAUGUGAUUGGGGCUGAGCUUGUGGAUGAUGUGAUGGCCUUUGCUGAUGCUUUUGGCAAGACGGAGAAGAUGUUAGAGCUGUGUGCUCCGCUGAAACUGACCACCAAGGACGUGCUCAAGAAUGUGGGCUACCUUUGUGAGGCUUUCGCUUUCCAACAUCAUUCAGAACAGUUCAUGCAGGCUCUAUCAACACAAGAUGUGAGCAUAUGGACUGACAAUGGCCAGCCAGAUACACCUCAAGCUGAGCGAGCGCUGCGAUUCCAACACUUGUGUUGUGAUUAUCUGCCAAACUUCAAGCUUUGCGCAGCAUGGUCAGCAUUCACCAAAGAAGCACAGGACGGCUUCGACAAUCUGUUUGGACAAUUGCGGAAGCUAUCGAAGGAUGUGAUGUGGAAGCUGCACAACAUGGUCGUUGAUUUCUAUGGCACCUCCAAUGACAAACCAAAGGACGGGUGGAUGGCAUCAGACCCAGGCCUGGAGAAAGCGCAUGCCGACAUGAAGAGUGCGCUCAUGAAACUCCAGGCGCUUUGUCCGGCUGGAGAAGCUCCGUCUUCUGUGAUGAAGGUGCUUGAGACAUCCAUCAAAGAGAUUGACAGCAUCUUAGACGUGCAGCUCACAGCCGAGGAAAAGAAUAUGAAGGCAGAGAUCUGUGCAGAGAUCAAAUCUAUGCGGUCGCUAUUGCCAGCAUUGACCUUGGAGGAGUUGAUGAAUGAUCAGUCAGUGGAGUUUUUUCAGAGCCAAAUGGCUAACGCAUCUUCAGUGAGCGGUCGUGCUGGACCAUUUUUCGAGAGAAUUGAUGCGUCCAAACCACUUGAUCGCUUUGGACAAGAGCUCUGUGGUGAGGUCAACCAGUUGUCAUCUUUCUUGAAGGUGUUCUUGGCAUCGCUGUCUGCUUGUGGCAUUCUCAAACAGGCAGAUCCUGCCAAAGCUGCAUCGUUCGAGGAGACGCGGCUGAAACCCAGAGAUUUGUCAAUGGACCAGAUUCCCAAAUGUAUCAGGUCCAAGAUCGAA